ACUGUGCACUGUGAAACGUCAAAUCACCGCAAACCUCGUGUUGAACAAACAACGUGCACGUUUUUAAUGUGCCUAAAGUUUAGAUUUUCUGUGUUUGGUUUGUGAAUUUGUGACUACGAUACAAAAUGGGCCGUAAAUUACAGCUUGAAAGACCUAAAAAGGGCCCAGGACGCAAAGCGCGCAAACAAGCAGAACCAGUGUUCCAGUUUGGAAAGGAUGAUGAUGAUGCUUCGAGCAAGAAGUUAUCUCGUCAUCAAAAACAACGAUUAAAGAAACGUGAGAUUACAAAACAAGCGCAGAAAGAUGUACGGAAGGUGAAGAAAUCGGUUCAAAAGGCCACUAAAGUUACCGGCCCCAAUACGUUCGAUCCAGCCGAAAUAUUUAACUUGGAAAAAAGUCGUCAAAAGUAUCAACAGCUUGGUCAAAAGAGCAAAGCACAAUCCGUCCCAUCCAAUGGUCAUCAGAAUGGAGGUGAAAAGGGCCGCAAUUUGUUCGAUAGUGACAAUGAAAUGGAUGAAGACCAGCAACAGGUUCCGGCUGCAACAAAAAGCAAAGUGCUGGUGAAGAAAAGUCAGAUGAAGAAAUUCCUUCAACAAGGCGAAUCGGAAGAUGAAAGUGAUUCGGAUGAGGACGAUGACGUAGACAGUGAUCUGGAAGAAGAGGAGGAGGAGGAGGAAGCGGAUAGCGUCGAUGGUGAAGAGGAUGAAGAUAUCGAUGAUGAACUGGAGGACGAAGAGGAAGAUGAAGAUGACGAUGACGCCGAGGAUGAUGAUGAUGACGAUGAGGAUGAAGAUGACGAGGAGGACGAGGAGGCAGAGGAAGAUGACGAGGACGAUGGAGACAUGCUACCGAUUGAAGCUGCGAACAAGAAGCUGAAGAAACGAAUGGCACGUGAAAAGCAGGAAGCAGACGCAGAAAUGGCAGAAGCGGCCAUUAAUCGGGAACGUUUUGUGUUUCCAACCGAUGAAGAGCUUGCCCAAACGACCAACCUGCAGGAUGUGAACAUUCGCAUUAAGGACGUCAUUGGAGUGCUGUCGGAUUUCUCGGCGAACCGCGAUCCAAAUCGUUCCCGCUGCGAGUACAUGGAUCUUUUGCUUAAGGAUUUAUGUAUGUACUACUCGUACAAUGAGUAUUUCAUGGGUUUGCUGAUGGACAUCUUUUCACCGAACGAGCUGCUUGAGUUUCUCGAAGCGUCAGAAAUACAGCGUCCGGUUACGAUUCGUACGAACAGCCUUAAGACACGUCGCCGCGAUUUGGCACAAGCGCUCAUCAAUCGUGGAAUCAAUCUGGAUCCGAUCGGCAAGUGGUCGAAGGAAGGUUUGGUAGUCUACACGUCACAGGUCCCGCUGGGUGCCACACCGGAGUACCUUGCCGGACACUACAUGCUGCAGGGUGGUUCCAGCAUGCUGCCCGUAAUGGCGCUAGCGCCGGAGGAAAACGAACGCAUACUGGACAUGUGCGCUGCGCCGGGUGGCAAAAGCUCCCACAUUGCUGCGCUGAUGAAGAACACGGGUGUUAUCUUUGUGAACGAUGCGAACAAGGAACGUUUGCGUGCGGUGUUGGGAAAUUUCCAUCGACUCGGAAUACAGAACGCGGUCGUCACGAAUGUGGACGGUGUCAAAUACGCCAACCUCAUGAAGGGCUUCGAUCGUGUGUUGCUCGAUGCACCCUGCACCGGUUCCGGCGUCAUUUCCAAGGAUCCGAGUGUGAAGGCCACCAAAACGGAUGUUGAUGUGCAGCGGUGCUACAACUUGCAACGGCGUCUGCUUCUCGCAGCAAUCGACUGUCUGUCGGCCAGUUCGUCAACGGGUGGCUAUUUGGUUUAUUCCACCUGUUCGAUUCUGCCGCAGGAAAACGAAUGGGUUAUCGAUUUCGCGCUGAAAAGGCGCAAUGUGCGCCUCGUACCAACGGGGCUCGAUUUCGGCGUCGACGGUUUGACGAACUACGGUGCGCACCGGUUUCAUCCGACGAUGAAGCUAACGCGUCGGUUUUACCCUCACACGCACAAUCUGGAUGGAUUCUUCGUGGCAAAAUUGCAGAAAUUCUCCGAUGCCAUUCCGAAGAACUUUGUGGACGAAUCGUUGGAAGAAGAAUUGCCGGUGGAGGAUGAAGAAAUGAAGCUCCCGAAGAAGAUUAAAAAGAGCGACUGGUACUACCAGGACAUUCGCGAAGAGCGUAAAGCGCAACGUGAAGAUCCGAAUCAUGUUGUGAAAGUGUUCCAGAAACCGACCAACGUGAAGAAGGACGGCUCUAAACAGGAAAAACCUAGUUCAUCCGACAACAGCAAGAAACAAAAGGAGGACCAACCGGGAACGGAUAAAUCGAAACAACAACCUUCGAUGAACGAUGGAAACAAGCAACCGCGGGUAAAGGUGGAAAUGCGAGAGGCUGACGAAGCGUUGCGUUUGAAGAAGAAGCUAAAUCAACUGCAGGAACAGAAGAGCAGCAAAGGUGCACCGACGCAAAGUAAGAAAAAUGGCGUACAGAAGGCGCAUGGAGUUCAAAAGAGUGCAUUUAAAAAGAAGGUAGGGAAGGUGAGAAAGUAAAGAAGAAACAAAAACAGAUACAUAUAAGCGAAUGUAAUUAGUUAUAUUCAACUUUGUUUAUCAGCGUAUUCCUUUCUGGUAGGAAUCGAAUAAAAGUAAUACAU